CUUUUCUUUUCUUUUUCUUUUUUUUCUUUCUUUAGAACAAAACAAACAUCUUAUAUAUAUACUACAAGUAUACUUUUUUUUUUCUUUUUUAUAAUGGGAACAACUUUAUCCAAAGCUAAACAACAAAUCCAAUUUAAACCAUUCAUGUCUCAUUCUACAGCACCAUCAGAGUCAACAAAGAUUGAAGUUUCAUCAUCAUCACCGAUACUAUCACGACCAAAAACUCAAUCCAUUACCAAGGAAAUCAAGGAAAAGAAGAAAAAGAAAAAUCAUCGCAAAUAUCAUUACGUAGGCAAUAAUUCGGUAAAUAAAAGAUCCAAUAAACCACCAAAGUAUAAAAAAGUUACCAAAAGUAUAAUUGGGAAGCCAACCAACUUUAAGCAUACGGGCCAUAUGGGUGCUGGUGAUAUGAUGGGAGCAGAUAUCAUGUCACUCUCGAUGGAAUUGAAUCAAAUUGCAAAACAAGUAAAUAAUGGAUUUAAUAAUCAAACAUCACCACCACCACCAGUACCACCUCAUUUAUAUAUUUCACAAUCAACAAGAAAAAGAGCAGCAGCAAGAUCAUCUGUAGUACCAGCUUCUUUUCGACGUAGACAGCAAAGAAAGGCAGUACCUCGACAUCAUCCAAAUCUAGGGUUAGUGAAUACUUUGAUGAUUGAAAUCCCCAAACUUCGGUCCACUAUUAGGGUGUCAUCAUGAAAUUAUUUAGUUUAUUACAUUAUAUAUUAAGUUAUCAUGGAUCAUCAUCAUUAAUAUUACUAUUACUACAAUUAUCAUUUAUAUGGAUAUUAGAUAAUAAAC